GCCCGAACUCGACGGUUCAAGUUUCGCCUUCACCAAGUAUCGAUAGUAAUACUCGGCCCAGUUGCAAGCCUGGAAAGCAUUUUAGGACGAUACGCAAACGGAACUGUUCGAAUCUUUGCGAAAAUCAUCAACUUAGAGACUCUUUAACGAAUUCGACAUACCUUAGAAAAGCCUCGCGACAAAUUUUCAAAGAUGCAUUUCGCGAUCGUCUUUGCGGUUCUUACCUCAACAGCGUCUGCCCAUUUCGUCAAGAUAUACAGGGAGCAGUUCUGCAAAAACAUCAACGGCGUUUUCAACUUUGGGACCCAUGCAAAGAUCUGGUCUAGUACAUGCUACAGCGUACCUCAAGCCGGACAAUCGGUCGAAGUACACUUCGACCAAGCCAAGACUGUCCCGUGCACUGUACAUCUCUACAACGACAACCACUGCGGCAACGAAAUCGCCAUAUAUAACGGAAUAUAUUCCAGUGUCGACAGCUGCUAUGAGAAUUCCCCGAUUUAUUCCUACAAGGUUACUUGUCAGGAUUGAAGGUCCGGUCGUAGAAGAUGCGUGUUUGUUUCAACGGUCUCGAACAGUGCCAAGACUGGCCCUUUUUCCUCUGCAUUUGGAAAUCUUUUUCUGUCCAGAUGUGCUCAUGGCUUCGAGGCGUUCAAGGUGUUAUAGAGAAGAUGCGGCGCUGAUUACUGUCCACGGAAGGCAGCAUACAGAGUGAGCGACGGCAUGAGGGUUUGACUCGUCCAACGAGCGGCCGGUGCCGGGUAACUCCUCUGUGGUGGUUACAGAAAGGUCAAAAGUCUUGCUGGAAGUCGUGUAAUUAGCCACUGAAAUACAAACAACCUUGUCGCUCG